AUGUCGCAACCUUCUUUGACCGAAUACGAUAUCAUCUUUGCAGGAGGUGGUGCCGCGGGCUGUCUGGCAGCCAGCCGACUUGCCACCGCAGACCCUUCGCUGAAGAUACUGGUCUUAGAGCAAGGCCUCCAUACACGCAACAUCGAUGCGCAUACUCAACCAGCACGCUACUUCAGCCAUUUGGCUCCCACCAGCAAAACCGUGACAUUUAAUGUAGGGAAUCCGAGCAAAGAACUCAACGGUCGAGCCUUGGUGACACCUUCUGGUCGAUGUGUAGGAGGUGGCUCUAGCGUGAACUUCACCAUGUAUACACGUGCCGCAGCGUCUGAUUACGAUGACUGGGAGACGGUCCAUGGGAAUGCCGGUUGGGGUUCCAAGGACCUGAUCCCUCUGCUGAAAAAGACCGAAACUUACGAAGUCAAGACCAAUGAGCCUACUCACGGAUACUCCGGGCCACUGAAAGUUUCAUAUGGAGGGGCAUAUACCAAUGUCGGAAAGCAGUUCUUGGAUGUCGCAUCAGAAUUUGACAAGGAACGGGGUUUCACUGAAGAUAUCAAUGGUCUAUUCUCUUGUAAUGCUUAUGGACGAUGGCAAAAGUGGAUUGAUGGUAAGACAGGAAAGCGAUCGGACGUCCCUCAUCACUUCAUCUACAACCGCAACUUUAGCAACCUUGAAGUCAUCGAUGGUAAACGCGUUAAACGAGUUAUAAUCGAGAACAAUCGUGCUGUAGGUGUAGAGUACACAGACGAUAUUGUCAACCACCCCGAUGGAGACAAGGCCAUUCACUCCGUCCGAGCAUCACGACUGGUGGUUGUUUCGGCCGGAGCAUUUGGGUCGCCGACUAUUCUAGAAAGGUCCGGUAUUGGAGCAAAGAGUGUGUUAGAGCAGAGUGGGGUUAAGGAGAUCGUUGAUCUCCCAGGAGUGGGUGAAAACUAUCAAGACCAUAACGUUGUUUUCGUCCCUUACUUGGCAAGUGACGAUGCGGAAACCCUGGAUGCUUUAUUCCGGGGAGAGAAGGAAGAAGUGGACAAAUGUGUUGCGCAGUGGGCAGGUGAAGGAAAAGGAUUGAUGGCCCAUAAUGGUAUGGAUGCGGGUAUCAAAAUACGGCCGAACGCGGAGGACCUUAAAGAACUGGGUCCCGCAUUUGAACAUCGAUGGAAAACGUACUUCGCGAACGCUCCCGACAAACCGGUGAUUUGGAUCGGCUCGGUCUCAUGUUAUCUCGGCGACCCUUCCGUUGCCUCUGCUCGCAAAUACUACAGCGUCGGCUAUUUCACGCAAUACCCGGUGUCACUUGGAAAUGUACACAUCAAAUCGGGGCAGGAUCCUCAUGCAGCCCCAGACUUCACGCCAGGUUUUUUGAGCGAUCCCGCCGACGUAGCAACCUUACGCUGGGGCUACAAGAAGGCUCGUGAAUUUGCCCGUCGAAUGGGCCUUUAUCGAGGCGAGUUUACUCCUGGAAAUCCAACAUUCCCUACGGGAAGCGAGGCCGUUUGUAAAGACCACCAUGGCCCUGUCGAUGUUUCUGCCCCCGUCAUUGCUUAUACGCCAGAGGAUGAAAAGGCCAUUGAGGCAUAUAACCGAAAUUACGUUCAAACUGCUUGGCAUUCACUUGGGACAUGCUCGAUGAAGCCUCGCGAGCAAGGAGGAGUUGUUGAUCAACGUUUGAAUGUUUAUGGAGUGGAAGGGCUCAAAGUAGCAGAUCUUUCGAUCGCUCCUGGUAAUGUUGCCGCUAACACCUACUCUACCGCUCUGGUAAUCGGCGAGAAAGCUGCCGUUAUCAUUGGCGAAGAUUUGGGUAUCAAGAAUGUCUAGAGUACAGAAGCUCUUCGUUGAUGUGAAAGAUAUGUAACGAUAUUGUUUUUUUUUUUUGGAUAAAUCAAUUUUCUUGUAUUAUCAAUGGUGGUACCAGUGAUAAGCCAAUCCCC